AUGGCUGCUGCUGAUACCGUCCUCCUCUUCGACGCCGGCGCCGGCACGGCUCAAGGAGGACGACUCACCCAGGAGGAUCGCUAUGUGCUGCUCUUCCCCGACCAGUUCCCGGCCAAGACGACGGACAAGAUUGCCCUGUUUGGUGUCUAUGAUGGCCAUGGAUCUGAUAUGGUGUCCGAACACGUCAGACGCCAUCUGCCGAAUCUCCUCUCCAGCCGUCCUGAAUUCGAGGAUGGCGAUUACGAGACGGCCAUCGCCAAAGCCUUUGAAGACGAAGACGCCAUCCUGCUGGAGAACGUCAUGUCAAAUGACACUGAGCCCAUCGUCUCCGGGUCGACGGUUGCUGUGUGCAUUGUCAACCUGACCAAGGGCGUUCUGGUAGUUGGAAAUGUUGGCGACUCCCAUAUUAUGUUUGCGCAGCGGGAUCCUGCGACGGAGACCUUAUUCAACAUGGAACGUCUGACAAAGGCACACAAACCGGGCACUGCCUCGGAAAAGCGUCGUAUCGAAAAAGCUGGAGGGGCUGUCCACAACUCCAGCGGGACUCCGCGAGUUGGCACGCUGAACAUGUCCCGCGCCCUGGGCGACCUGCAAUACAAAAACCCCGUCAACACGCUCGACAUCGACGGCAGCACGAAAAGCAAACGAGCGAGCGCGGCCGCCCCCGAAGCCCGCGGCAACUUUCUCACCAACGAGCCGCAUCUGCGGAGGGUGCAGCUCGACCGCGACAGCCGCUACGUGCUGCUGUGCUGCACCGACGGCGUGUCCGACAUCACCGACGAGAAGAUGCUGAUGGAGCAUGUCAUGAAGGAGUUUAUGCGGGGGCAGCGAGCGACCGAUAUCGCGAAGCAGGUCACCGAGAAAGCAGUCGUCGUCGUUUACUUGUGUGCCAGGCCGAUAAUCAGGCAGUUUCAAGACCUAGGGCUUAGGGCCGGAGGCAAGUAUCUGCAGUUUAAUGCAGAACUAUGCUAUGAAUCUAUCCUGACAUAUCUCCCUGCUCACAGCCUAGUAAACGAAUGGCCUAUGGCAGACACCUUUGCAAACGGGAUCAAGCUGUCCAUUCCCGCACCCUACAGCCAUGAAUCUAGUCCAUACACCAUACUCCGUAUGCAUAAUUAG